GGCCGAACCGGACCGAGGAGACCCGAGUGGGGCCGAGGCCCGCGGCCCCGCGGCUUUAAGCGCAGGUGGCAGGGCGCGCCCCACCCAGUGACCAGGCGGAGCCAAAGAUGCUGACUUCUGCCACGCUGCCCCUCCUGGGCUCCCAGCCGCCUCCGGCCUUGCCCUUCCCGUUGCUGCUGCUGGCGGUGCUGAGCGGCCCGGUAUCCGGCCGCGUCCCCCGCUCGGUGCCCAGGACCUCGCUUCCUAUCUCCGAGGCUGACUCCUAUCUCACGCGGUUCACUGCCCCGCAGACAUACAAUUACUCUGUCCUCCUUGUGGAUCCUGCUUCCCAUACACUUUAUGUUGGUGCCCGGGACACCAUCUUCGCUUUAUCCCUGCCCUUCUCAGGGGAGAGACCCCGCAGGAUUGACUGGAUGGUACCUGAGGCCCACAGACAGAACUGUAGGAAGAAAGGCAAGAAGGAGGACGAAUGUCACAAUUUUGUCCAGAUUCUCGCCAUUGCCAAUGCCUCUCACCUCCUCACUUGUGGCACCUUCGCUUUUGAUCCGAAGUGCGGGGUUAUUGAUGUGUCCAGUUUCCAGCAGGUUGAAAGACUUGAGAAUGGCCGGGGGAAAUGUCCUUUUGAGCCAGCUCAGCGGUCAGCAGCUGUAAUGGCUGAAGUGACCGUUUUGAUACCAGAGUGAAAAAUUGGAACCCCGGGGUGGAGUGAAAUACUACCGUGGAGUAUGCAAGGCUGUCAGCGUUGGGUUGCUGACACGUCUGGGAAGACUACGUCACAGGCUUUACA